AUGAACGUUUGCUUCGCAAGUCGACACUUCGGCCUUGCUAGUGGACGGGACGGUCCGACGGGUGGACGCAGGGGUCCGGCAAUGGACGGCCAAGGUCCGGCGGGUGGACGCAAGGGUCCCACAAAUGGACGCAGGGGUCCGGAAUGGACGGCGACGGUCCGGGAUGGACGCAGAGGUCCCAAUAGGUGGACGCAGGGGUCCGGGGAUGGACGCAGGGGUCCUACAGAUGGACGGCAAUGGUCCGGGAAUGGACGCAGUGGUCCCACAGGUGGACGCAGGGGUCCGGAAUGGACGGCGACGGUCCGGGAUGGACGCAGAGGUCCCAAUAGGUGGACGCAGGGGUCCGGGGAUGGACGCAGGGGUCCUACAGAUGGACGGCGAGGUCCGAUUGGGCGACACUUCGGCCCGGGAUGA